AAGAAAAAAAAAUAAAUUAAAAAAAACAGGAGGAAAGGAGCGGAAGCCGUGAGGAGGCGGCGGGAGCUUAGCGGGCACCGGGGCCGCUUCUCCGCCGCUCGUUCCGCGGCCUCAGCCGCCGCUCGGGCCCGGGGCUGGGCCGAAGGAGGAUUUUUCGUUCCAGCAGCUCCCGGGCGAUCGCUGCCCUCCGUCUUCCCGGUGGGAGCGGCCCGCGGCCUCUCCCCGCGGUCCUGGGGGGCUGAGGCCGCAAGGCAGGGUGGGUUUGGGGUGAUUUUCCUUGUUUUCGUUAAAAAAUGGUUGGUUGGUGUCGCAUCCACCACGGAUGGUGUGGCACAGCGGAGCCCGACUGUCCUUCUGUCCGACUGUCCGGCUGUCCGGCUGUCCGGCCCCGGCUCGGCCUUGCCGCAGCCCCGGGAGUGCAGAACCGGGAGCAGGGAACCGGGAACGGGGAACCGGGAACCGAGAACCGUUUCCAGCCUCCAGCGCCUUCCCCGCAGCGGCGGCUCCAUCCCCGCUCGCCCCGCGGAACCGGGGGUGCUGCCCGGGACCCCCGGCCUUGAGCAGGGCCCGUCCUCCGCUCUCUCCCCGCUCGGCCUUUUUCGUUCUCUUUAUUUCCUUCCCCUUUUGAUUUCUUCCCUUUUACUUCCUCCUUUCUACAUUUUUAUUUCGCCUUUUAAUUCUAAUUUUUUUCCUUUUUUUUAUUUUGCUUUUUGGGGGUUUUUUUCCUACUCAGUUUCCCCCUGCUCCGCGCUGUUCCGGUUAUUUCAAGGACGGGCCCAGGCUCGGACAUUCCGCGGCCACUCCAGCCCAGGGCCUUGAGCUCAGGACUGCUUGUGAUUAAAGUAAAUUAUUUUAUUUUUCAUCCACCGCCGUUACAAUUGUUCCGAUUUGAGGCAGAACCCGGGAAUGGGACCGGGGGAAGCAUCGCCGCCGCUUUUUCCUCCCGUUCUUGCCCCAUUGCGGGGACAGCGGCGGAACGGAGCUCCCCGAGGCGGGGGGGAUGCCCGGGAUACCCCCGCACACACCGGGGCCGGCAUUCCCAGCUGGAAAACGGGAGCCGCCCUGCUCGGUGUCGGUGUCGGGAGCUGCUGGGCCGGAUCAGGGAAUUUCGGGGCUCCCCCGCUGCCCCAUCUCGGGAUAACCCGGGGUAACCCCGGUAUCUGCGGGGCCCGGAGCCCCCGGACCCCCGCCAGGCCCGGAGAGGGGCAGGAUUGUUUUUUUUUUUUAUUCGUUUCAACCUCUGGCAACCCUGCCCCGGCCGAAUUGUGUUCCCCAGGGAUGAACCCCUCGAGAAGGAAUCGGGAACCGGAGCCGCCGCCGCCGCCGCUCUCGGGGCUCUUUGUUUACCAAUCGGUGCCACAGAACGGGAGGGCAGGAAAUUGCGUCUCUACCGAGCCGUUAAUUUAAAAUCGGCUCUUUCCUUCCCCCCCGGCUCUCCUCCAGCCGCUCCCCGGCUCGGCGGGGGCUCGGCCGCCCGCUCCCCGCUCCCCGCUGCCGGCUCCGGCGGGGGAUGCGCAGCGGAGCGCGGCGGCGGGGGAGGGCCGGGCCGGAGGAAUAAGGACCCGGCUUCUUCGCCGGUCCCACCCCCGGCCGCUUCCUCCGCAGCUCAGCUCCCUCCCCUCGACCUCUCUUUCCCCUCCCGCCCCCCCCACCAACCUCACCACCACCCCCCUAAAAUCAUCCCCCCCCCAAUCUCCUGGUAUUGAUUUCCCCCGCACGCGAAUCCCAAGCGCAGCGCGGUGAGCGCGGGCAUCGCCGGCGGCUCCCGCCGGUACCGGCACCGACACCGGCACCGGGACCCGCAGCGGCAGCGGCGCUCCAUGGAAGGGCAGCGGGAGCGCCUGAAGUUUGCCCGGAGCGAGGGAUGAGCGAUGGAGGGGCCGAGCCCGGCGGGAGCCCCGUGCUGCUGGCCGAGCCCGCGGCCACCGGGCGGGCCCGGGAGAAGCUGCCGAGCCGGGCGGAGCUGGAGAGCGCCCUGCGGACCGGCGGCGGCGGCGGCGGAACCGGCGGCGGCUUCAAGGACAUCCCGGGAACGUCGGCGGUCAGCCCCGGCUCCUCCAAGCAGUGCGCCCCGGACACCGAGAGCCCGUCGGGGACCGGCGAGGCGGAUUAUUGCCGCCGCAUCCUGGUGCGAGAUGCCAAAGGGACGAUCCGGGAGAUCGUGCUGCCCAAGGGGCUGGACCUGGACCGGCCCAAGCGGACGCGGACGUCCUUCACGGCGGAGCAGCUCUACCGCCUGGAGCUGGAAUUCCAGCGCUGCCAGUACGUGGUGGGCCGGGAAAGGACGGAGUUAGCGCGGCAACUCAACCUCUCCGAGACGCAGGUCAAGGUGUGGUUCCAGAACCGCCGCACGAAGCAGAAGAAGGACCAGAGCAGGGACUCUGAGAAACGCUCCUCCAGCACCUCCGAGUCCUUCGCCACCUGCAACAUCCUGCGGCUGCUGGAGCAAGGCCGCCUCCUGUCCGUGCCGGCCCCCCCGAGCCUCCUGUCCCCCACCUCCAGCGCGGCCCCCAGCCCCGCGGGGAGCGCUGCUGGCCUGGCCACCGCCGGCCCCGGCUUGGCCACCGCUGGCCCCGCGUCCCCGGGGCUGGGCGGCGGCGGCAGCCCCCCAAAACCGGCGCCUUUCGGCCUGCACGUCCCGUCUCUCGCCGCUUCCUCCUCAUCCUCAUCCUCGUCCUCGCCGUCGCCGCGGCUGCCGGGGAGGCCGCUGUGCUUCGGGGCGCCGCUGCUGGGCAGCCUGCACGACCUGCCCGGCGCUUACGGACCGGGCGCCUCCGCGUUCGAGCCUUACACGCGGCUGGAGAGGAAGGACAAUUCUAUACCCAGCAAGAAGCCGAGCCCUUAAAACAUCCCCCACCCCCCAAAAAAAAAAAAAAAAAGACAAAACAACAACAGAACAAACAGUGUC